AUGGACGGGUACCCAGUAAUUGUUCGUGUACUGUACGUGUACGAGAGCAUUGCUGACAGCUGUUUGAAAGCUUAUAGACGCAGCUGCUCGCUAACAGCAAUAAUGGAUAGAUGGCUAAAACGUGACAGUUGCUGCAGCUGCAGUGGUGACGCAGAUGAAGGAAAUCAAACAGGUGCAAAGAAAAAGAAGACAGAUCUUCCUAAAUAUCGGCAGUUCAAGGAAGAUUAUGUGCUUUUGGGAUUUACUGCUACGAAUUCUGAUCCUCCAGAAGCUUUGUGCUUCUUUUGUGGGGAGAGGCUGGCCAACAGUAGUAUGAAACCAGCUCACCUCCAGCGUCACCAGAAAACAAAACACCAGUGUCAUGUUGGUAAACCGGCAGAAUUCUUCAAAAGAAAGCUCUCUGAUUUUCAGGGCUCCCAAAAAGUACUUCAGAAAGCCACCACAACUUCAGAGAAGGCUCUGAAAGCAUCUUUAGCUGUGUCUCUAUUAAUUGCUAAAGCCAAAAAGCCAUUCAGUAUUGCUGAAGAACUUAUUUUGCCAGCUGCAGGUAUGAUGGCUGAAAUAAUGCUGGAUAAAAAGACAGCUGACCAACUAAAAGCAGUUCCUUUAAGUUUAUCACACCAAACUGUCUCUCGCAGGGUAAGUGAAAUGAGUGCCUAUAUUCAGGAUCAAGUUGUGAAUAAACUGAAGGCAAGCCAGUCGUUUUCUCUCCAAGUUGACGAAUCAACUGACAUCAGUGGGCAAGCUCAACUUGUCUCAUUUGUGAGAUAUAUUGAUGAAGAUGAUAUCAAGGAACACAUAUUAUUUUGUAAAAAAAUGGAAGAGCACACAACAGGGGAAGCUAUUUUCAAUGUCAUUAAUCAGUUCUUCACUGAACAAGGGCUUGGCUGGAAAUCUUGCAUGAGUAUGUGUACAGAUGCCGCCGCAUCAAUGACUGGCAAGGUGAAGGGACUGGUGGCAAGGAUUAAAAAGGAAAAUCCUGAUGUGGAAUGGACUCAUUGCAUCAUUCACAGAGAAUCUUUAGCAUCAAAGAAAAUGAGUUCACAGUUGCACGAGAUUCUGAAUGACGCCGUCAAAAAUGCCACAUUUUUUGAAAACACUACUUGGGUUGCACAAGUGGCAUAUCUUACAGACAUAUUCAGCAAACUGAAUGAGUUAAAUAUGUCUCUGCAAGGUAAGGACACAAACAUUCUCAACCUGUAUGACAAAGUUGCUGGUUUUCAAAAGAAAUUAGGGCUGUGGAAGGAGAAAUGCUCAGGGGGAUAUUUUACAUGCUUUCCUCUGUCAGAUGCCUACUUUUCCGAUAACAAUUAUGAGAAAGACACUGUGAAACCAGUCAUUGUGGAGCAUUUGACCAACCUUAUCAGUGCUUUUAAGUCUUACUUUCCUGGCAUACAUGAACAAUCAGUACAGCUGGACUGGAUUAGAAAUCCAUUCCUCUUAUCUGAACCACUUCAGGAAACACUGAUAGAAGUGUGUGCGGACCGUGGCCUAAAACUGUUAUUUGAGAGAUCAAAUGUCACUCGCUUCUGGAGCUCUGUGAAGAAGGAGCACCCAGACUUAGGAAAAUUGGCCUUAGAAAAACUUCUUCCCUUUGGAUCUACUUACCUUAGUGAGGUGUCUUUCUUCGCAAUGAGUGUUAUCAAAUCAAAACAGAGAAACAAAUUAAAUGUCAACCUGGAACAAAGCCUGAUCACUGCAGUAGCCUCAAUACAGCCAAGGAUGGAAAAAAUCAUCAGUGAACAUCAACCCCACAUCUCGCAUUAA